AUGCUGGCGUUAUUCUCAGUCGAAAUACUUGGUGAAGAGCAUCACAAUGCAGGAGAAGAAGUAGCUGGUCAACAACUAACCGGUGAUGUUGGACUAGAAAUGGCUAAACAUGCUGCUGAAAUCGGCCCAUUAAACGUAUUCGAAUCCAACGUACGAAAAGCGGAUAAUGUACUGCUUAGUGCAGGAAAUUUUACGUAUGUGCCAACAAUCGGUGUGCCAACAAUCGGUGUAAUAAAAAGUGCUGCCCAAGAAUAUAGACGGAAGUUCAGAUAUGACAAAGAUAUAUUUAAAGAAGUUCGCAUUUUAAGAGAAGCAUUGUUAGCUUCAGACUCAUCGUCCAAACAUGUAACUGGCAAUUUAUCAAAAACUGAAAUUAAAAAAGAGCACCGUCAUGUAACUAUCAAAUUAUUUGCUAUUUCAUUAAAUUGUAAUAUAAUUUUUGAUGCAUUGCGUUUAUUUGAAACGAUUUCAUUAAUAUACGGUGAUCCUUCGCAAACGAACGUCGACAAAGCUGUUGAGCCCUUAUUACCGGUAACGGAUGUUCUUGAUUUCGAUUUGAAAGAAUUUCUCAAAGACGAUACAGAUGAUGAUUUAGAUGAGCUCUCUCCGGUGGAUGAUCUAUUAGAAUCGUCGGAUCCAAUAAUUCAUCAGUCACCGUUCAGCAUAAUUGCGAGAGAACAAAUACCUUUCUUACAAAAAGCUCUUUCUGAACGUAGCAAACCAUUAAUACCGCCAACAAAUCCUUAUUAUACAAAAAAAGUGAUCGAUUUGUUUUAUAGAUGGUGGGCGUAUUUACCUAUGUGGACGUGUAUUCUUGUGGAUUAUAAGGAGCGGUAUGCGAGCGACAAACCGGUCUCAGCAGACACGUCCGUACUGGGUCGUGGACGUUUAUUAAAUGCAAUAGCCGAAUCGUAUUUUGAAAUUAUAAAAGAAGUAGUGUUGCAAAAGAAAACGCGACUCCGACCAGCUGAUUUUGUUACAAAGGUUUAUCAAAGUACUGUAGCACGUUUCAAGGCUGGGCAGUUCGGUGUAACACAAUCAGUUCAACCGAGAAAGUCAAGAAAGCCUUUAGAUGUACUUAUACCCGAAACAUGGAGAAAACAUGGUAGAAAAUCACAUACAAGAGGCAUUUAUUUCAGGAGGAUAAAAAGAAGUCAAAUCACAAUCAGAAAAACCUCUGAUCGGCCACGAUCUACUAGUGCAUCCGGUGUAUCUCCUCUUCGGGCAACUUCAACAGAUUCUCAAUCAGUUGAUUCUUUGGAUAUAUCGUAUGAUGCUGAAUCAGUCAUUAAUGCAAAGACAAAGAGAAGUAGCACAUCCAUAGAUGACAUUCAACCACAGUCAACUACACCAUCAAAUCCUCAUGAAGAUCUAGCGGAUGAUUUACAGCUGGUCGAUUGA